AUGCACGACGAGAUCAACGCCGCGACGUGUAAUCCACCAGGUGUCAUGCACGGCCCAGUCAUCCGCCAGCACCACGAACGCGAUGAAACAAUCCAGACGAUCAAGUCUGCGUGCCUUUCCGGCCAGAACAACCCGGACUAA